AAUGAUUGAUCUCUGUGAAGAGCUGGAUAAUGUAACCUUCUGCAUGUCAUCUCGUGACUGGAGUGGAUGCAUGGCUCUGGAUGGGCUGCAUUUGAAUGCAGCAGGAACACGGCAGUUAGCUACACUGUUUGUUCAAGUUUUGACGCAACUUUUAACUGAGAGUUCCAAAAGUACCAGUAAAAUAGAGCUUCGAAGUUCAUUGGAUUUUCCUCCUCUCUGUGAUGGCGGCAGCGAUAUUUUAACAUCUUCAGCCUCUCCUCUGUAUUCUGAAGUUGUUGCUGAAUCAGCUCUGUCGAGGAAACUGCCAUCACAGUUGAAUGUGAAAGCUCCUUCAGAAACUGAACAGCAACUUCAAACAAGAGAAUUUCAACAGUGUUCAUCUGCUGCUGUUACUCAAAAGAACCUAAAGGAAAAUUCUGAAUUGUCUUCUUUCUUGAGGAAAUCUGCUCAUCCAGAUCCUAAUGGUUGGAUUCAUGUAGGGCGAAAACGUUUCACUCAAAAUAUAGAACAGUGUUGUCAGUUGAGGAAGCCUUGCCUGGUUUCACCAAAGCAUGUAGCAUCUUUGAACUAUGAAACGGAUCCAAGAGAAUUUCACCAAUGUUCAUCUGUAGCUGUUACUCAAAAGAACCUAAAGGAAAAUUCUGAAUUGUCUUCUUUCUUGAGGAAAUCUGCUCCUCCAGAUCCUAAUGGUUGGAUUCACGUAGGGCGAAAACGUUUCACUCAAAAUAUAGAACAGUGUUGUCAGUUUAGAAACUUUGUUAGGGGCUGCAAGAAUAUAAUUUUUUAGAACUGCUAGACAUGGAAAAGUUUGGGAACCUGUGUCUUAGAAGAUGAUAUUGUGAAGUUCAGUUUUGAACUAAUAAAGAAUACUGUAUAUGUACAUAUAAAAAAAUCUAAUAUCUA